AAGGAGAGAUUCUUGUCUACAUAUUUUCAUAUAGCCUCUUUGGACUUACUACUCCUCUAACCUCGAGUCUAUCUACCGAUGGGACAUAUUCUACGAAUGUUAUUAUACGACGAAGAUGAAUACAGGGCCACCAAGCAACGCUUGUUUCACCUGCAAAUCUACAGGCAAGCAAACUUAUUCUUGCAUCCAAUGCAAUAAUCUUUCGUUCUGUAACGACUGUUGGUCUCAAUGGGUUCUGCACUUACCCGGCGCCGUUGGUUACGAUAAUAGACCACACGAAAAGGCAAACGCGCAAGUCGUCCAACGGCUCCGCCAAAUCCUCGAGCCCUCUAAAAACGAAAAUGACCACGAACAAGAACUUCAAAGCGAUGACGACACAACCUGGUUCGGAGUUGGUCGAGAUUCGGCUAACCAGCCAGUCUUCCAAGAUCAUGGUCGCUUUGCGAAUCUGAUGAGCGAGAGCCAGACACAAGACCUUGGGAACCGAUAUCCCCAGCUUGUUUCUUUUAUCGGACAGACAGGUGCUGGGAAGAGUACACUGAUUAAGAUGCUAAUCGAUCGACUUGAUAUGAGACUUAAUGAUCAGAGAACUCGAUUUCCUUCCCCUGUCACGUCGUCCAGUAAUGACCGAGUUCCUACUACGGGAGAUGUUCAUUUAUACGCCGAUCCAUCUUCUUAUUACACAAAAGGGCCUGUGCUGUAUGCAGACUGCGAAGGCCUCGAUGGAGGAGAAGCUAUUCCUAGGGGAUUAAGACACCGAGCCAAGGAAAACGGAGAUCCAAAACCCGAGACACCUGCUGGCAACGGAUCUUCUCGAAUGAUGCGAGCGUCAUACCAACCUUCUUCUAAUCGUAACCAUGCGCAACCUACCAAUACCAAUUCUAUGCACAUCGAGACGAAGAAGAAGAUGCAGAAGAAUCGACAUAGUUCUCAAAGAGACAUAACUUGGGCAGUAACUCCUGAAACCAAGAAACGAGAAUAUGCCGUGACUCAGCUAUACCCUCGGUUACUAUACACCUUUUCUGAUGUCGUCGUGUUUGUGCUUAGGAACCCGAGGGCAUUCGAAUCAACAGUGUUGGAAAAGCUCUUACAGUGGGGAUCAUCAUCGAUUGAUAAGUCCCUGAAUCAGCCUGCUCUUCCACACGCCGUAAUCGUCCUCAAUGCAACUGAGAACGCCGACGAGAAAGAAUGGGAUAUAGAGACCGCUACCAACCUGUUUCUAAACGACAUUAAGGGCGCCGUCUUCCGCGAACCCCGUUUCUCUGAGCAUGCACGUAUGUGGCAGGAUACUGGCCGGAAGAUUAAAUCUACCCGCGACCUCCUCGAAUGCUACUACGCUUCAAUCACUGUAGUCAGAAUUCCAUCACGCGGUAGGUAUAUGUUGAUGGAUGAACAGGCAGAAAAGCUUUUUGGUGUCAUUAAGGGGAAAUGCCAAGAGUCUCUGUUCACGAAGAAAAGAGUCCGCAUGUUGGCAACAGCAGAAAAGCUCCAAAAAUACCUGCAAGCCGCCUAUGACCACUUUUCUAGAGACCUCAACACGCCGUUUGAUUUCAUCAAAGAGGCUUUGAAACACAACCCGAUCCCACAGGAUUUUGGUGGAAAUAUCUUGAAUCUCGCCGUUGCAAUCAAACAAAACUGUGACUCGCUUCAGGGGGACACGGAAAAGAUAUUCGACAUGAUGGCUCCUAUGAUAUCAUCCUGUAUUAUGCUUGAUGCUGUCCGCCAGAACUUAAUGGGGACUACGAUACAGCUUCUCAACGAUGCUUAUGUCGAAUUUUGCCAGCUCGCCCUCCAGGAAUUCUCAGACCUCUACACUCCCUGUACUUACAGGAGCUAUAAGUACGGAAAAUGUUGUAAUGUCAAAGCAGGACAUAACCCCAAAGGGCACCAGAAUGAAAGUGGCAAGAUCAUCGGUUCUGGAGGCUACGAAUCCAACUUCGACUACCACGAAUAUGCACCCAAAUGGAUAGACCGUAUUUCAGCCAAACUGGAAGAGUUGCAAUUCAAAUUCAUCGAACGAAGCUAUAAGUUACUAGAGUACUCCGAGCACCAUAUUGCGGCUGAUGUUCAUAAAAAGACGAUCAACGAAUUCUACCGUUCUCUAGGAAACCCCGAGGAUUUCAAAAGCCACACUGCAUGCUUUUCUUGCCUUCGCGAACUUCCCGAACAUGCCUUGCCUUGUGGCCACGUCCUAUGUCUCCCAUGCGUUAAGGCAUACGGGACGAACGUGUCAAAAACCACGAUAGAACUCCGGAAUUGUCCUUUGCACGCACGGGACACGACCUGGGAAUCGGUGUGGACUGUUUUGGUAAAGCCUGCAUUUGCCGGUACUCGAGUACUCUGUUUAGAUGGAGGCGGCAUACGAGGUAUCGUUGAGCUGCAGACCCUGAAAGCUAUUGAAAGGAUACUGGGGCCAAAACUUCCCAUCCAAUACUUUUUCGACCUAAUCGUAGGCACAAGUACUGGUGGUAUCAUUGCUUUAGGACUGGGUGUGAACAAUUGGACAGUGGACGAAUGCAUUCGCAAUUUCAAGGACCUGUGCGGCCAAGCCUUCAAGCCCCGAGAGAUGAUCGGAAUCCCCUUACUCCAAAAUCUGGCUGUUCUAAAUCACGGAAGCAUGUAUAAAACAAGACCGUUCGAAGCAUUACUCAGGAAGACAUUCACGGAGAAGCCUCUGUUUGGGGGUGCUAACGAUCUAAGCGAGAUGAUCACGAAGGUAGCCAUUACAACGACAAGUGAGAUGAAACAGCAUGCAGUAGUCCUCGCAAACUACAAUCGACAGGGAUCAACUGAAUACGACCUGCCUUACAGAUUUGAUAGGUUUACCGAACCGGAAAAGGAGUUCAAAAUAUGGGAGGCAGCUCGUGCUACAUCUGCUGCUCCCCCAUUCUUCAAGACCUUCCAGAAACACGAAACGCGAAACACUUACAUCGACGGCGCUCUCUACCACAACAACCCGGUAUGGGUUGCUCAUCAUGAGAGGAAGCUCAUUUGGCCAGACGUCUGUAAUUCCCCUCCAGAUAUUCUGCUCUCAAUCGGUACGGGGAAGAAUACCUUAGAAAUGGAUGAACACUACCUACAUUCGAGUCAGGCAAGACAAUUCGAUCUUCCUUCCCAUUCAAAACCGAAGACUCGCAAAAGGACCUCACUACCCCAUUCACUAUUAAGCAUAGCCACAAAUCGAUUCGACAACUUACUUGAAUGCAACAAAAUCUGGGACAACUACUUCGCAGAGACCUCGUCUUCGGACUAUAGUAGGAUCUCUAGCAUGAAUAAACGGCGGUUGAUCCGCCUCAAUCCGGACCUGCGCUUCAAAGUUCCACGAUUAGAUGCUGUCGAAGAGCUCGAUCAUAUUGAAAAGGCUGCGAUUGCAGAUCUUAAUAAAAACAAAGCGAAGGUUAUAGAAGUUGCUCACAGGCUCAUCGCCAGCACGUUCUUUUUCGAGAAAGAUCCCAACUCAGUGAGACCUACAGAUCACGGUUAUGAAUGCAUUGGGCGAAUCCACUGUAGGUUUACCAACUCGUCGGCUGAAAUGAAGGCCUUGGGAGGCUUCUUGAGGAAUUGCCUUCAAGAACACUUCGAGCCUUUCUUCGUGGUGGAGGAAGAUACGAGUUACCUAGGAGAUGAAGUCAAGCACAUCAUCAGCGAGAAAAGCAUCGAAGACAUGUAUGUCCGAGGUCGGUUCGACUUGCCAAAUAUCCAGGUACAAAUGUCUAAAGAGCUUGCCGUUACAACCAUCUCGCUGUCGCUGCAAUCAGGAAAUUAUCCUCACACGGCAAACUCCUACCUUCCCAUUAGUGGCUUUCCUCGAGAGCUUGUGAUAGAAGACAACAAGGAAAUAGUUUCGAAACCUCGUCCACGGCUAUUUCAGCCCCGUCAUAGUGGCGAGCACCGUGUACCCCAUCGGUUCCAUAGUCUCAAGUCUUCAAAUAGCCUUCGGCACUUGUCUUCAAAGAAAAACCUACGGGAAGUAUUCUCUGAUAGUGGAAUCUCAGGAGCCGAUACAGAAAAGGCGCCAACUUCUCCUUCAUUGGAAGUCCCAUACGCACCAAAUGACGUUCGCAGGUGGGUGCAUGAUCGUGCCAAUUCCCCAGGGCAGUUUGUGUAUGAGUUGGAAGCAUAAUAUGGGUUAUUAUAAAUAGAGUCAUUCAAUACCUAGGUACAGGUACCUAGUAGUAUGUUUAUGGCGAGUAGGUCAUGUUUAUAGUCGAUCGUUCUAAGGUGAUCUCAUCUUGUAUCUAACAGAAAAUAAACAAUCAUCCAUCAACAUCAUUAAA